ACGUUGAUGACGUACUUAAAACAGGAAAUGCCGUACAAACGAUAAGUUCCCGACUUGCUCAAGAUGUCUUGCUCUGAUAGUCACAAGGGGAGUUUGGAGGAGGUCAGUUAUGAGGGAGCUGCUGGUGGCGACCUGUCCAAUUGUGCCUUGGCGAUGCUGGAAAGGGAACGAGAAUCCAUACAAAGUCCCACAGGGAGUCCUGGUGCCUCUACUAUUCUCUCAUCUACUGCCCUUGAGCAAGGGUACGAUGUGGAGUUCGACCCACCACUCGAGAGCAAAUAUGAGUGUCCCAUCUGCCUGAUGGCUCUCAGGAAUGCCAUUCAAACACCUUGUGGGCACCGUUUCUGCAAGAGCUGCAUUGAGAAGUCAAUUCGGGAUGCAGGACAGAGAUGCCCCGUGGACAAUGAAAUGCUGUUAGAAGACCAACUGUUUCCUGAUAACUUUGCCAAAAGGGAGAUUCUUUCCCUCACUGUCCGCUGUCCAAAUGCUGGCUGUAUGGACAAAAUGGAGCUCCGACAUUUAGAGAAUCAUUUGGCACAAUGUCCAUUUGCGACUGUGCCCUGCCCACAAUGCCAACAGUCCGUGAGAAAAGUUUACCUGGAGGACCACAAAACCAUAGAGUGCCAAAGGAGACCCAUGUCCUGCCCAGACUGUGUUGCGAGCUUUGUAUACGAGGAGAAGGAGCUUCAUGAGCAGCAGUGUCCCUUUGCAAGUGUUAAGUGCCAGUACUGUGCGCUGGAUCUCAUUAGAGACCAGAUGGACUCUCAUUGUGAUACAGAUUGCCCUAAAGCCCCUAUUGCCUGUACAUUUAGCACUUUUGGAUGUAAGGAAAGGAUGCAGCGACACAACCUGGCUCAGCAUAUGCAGGAGUUCACGCAAAUGCACAUGCGUUACAUGGCGGAGUUCGUGCGAUGCCUUAGCUUUAAUUGUACCACACCAAAGUCACUUUGUGCUCUUGGACCUUCUGUUUCAUCUGAUGAUCAAGGAGCAGCAGCAGCAGCAUCAGCAUCAUCUUGUAGGGGAAAUGCAAGCGGUGGCAACAGCUGUGGCCCAUGCCACCCCAGCGAAGAAAUGCAAAGGAUCCGGGAUAUGGACGGACGAUUAGUAAAACAAGAUCACCAGCUACGUGAGCUUGUCAUCUUAGAAGAUACUCGGGUAGGUCAGCUUGCACAGCUCCAGAGAAGAGUAGCUGUGCUCGAGGAGACAGUGAAGGAGCUCGAGGCACAGCAAUGUCACGGCAUCUUCAUCUGGCGUCUCAGAGGUUUCUCGGCGCACCUCCAUAACCAAGAAGCAGGCCUGCCGGUGGUUGAGCACAGCCCGGGCUUUUACACCGGUCGACCGGGCUACAAACUGUGCCUCCGCCUGCACCUGCAGACCCCCAAUGCCCCACGCUGUUCCAACUACAUAUCCCUCUUUGUCCACACCAUGCAAGGAGCGUUCGAUGGACAGCUAAGCUGGCCUUUCCAGGGCACUAUCCGUUUGGCCAUUCUCGACCAGGGCCCCGACGCUCAACAUCAUAUGGAGGUGAUGGAGACGAAGCCGGACCUUCAAGCCUUCAAGAAACCCACAAUUCAGCGGAACCCCAAAGGGUUUGGCUAUGUGACUUUCCUGCACUUGCAUCAGCUGAAUCAGCGAGCUUUUGUCAAGGAUGACACCCUCCUCAUCCGCUGUGAGGUAACGCCACGUUUUGACGUGUUUCAGCGCGAGGGACCCACAGUGCAGCCGAGAGGUCCUGAGGCUUCACGCGACUAACUCAUAUUGCAUGUGGGUCAUGCUUAGUUUUCUCAGACUGUGUUGAAUGUGCAAAUGUGCUGGUAUUUAUUCCAAUUUUUCAAAUAUCCGAACAAUUCUUCGUACUUGUAUUAAAUUUUAUUUUAAUCAGAUUGGAAAUAGUCUGCAUGUAUGCACAUUUUUUAACAAGCACAUGUUUAUUUCGCAUUAAUAGGUUUGGUUAUUGAUGUUGAUUUUCUGCCAACAAACUGACUGUUACUACCACAUAGUACUGUGGGGGUUUUUGAAACUUUUUUUUU